AUGAGUCGACACGCCAUCCGGGAAUCGAGCGGCCCUGGUUCCCAGGAGGCCAUGGAGCUCCUCGACAGCAUCUACGCGGGCGAGGUCGCACAGGGCGGCGCGGCGACGGCGGCGUCGGGCGAUCGAGGCCUGGUGAGCGUGCCCGAGGAUCAACCAAUGGGCGGCUCCCAGUUCAGAUCACCAGACGACAAGGACAUGGCCAGCGCGCCCCUCGCACCUUCCAACGACACUGCUGCCCUCGACGAGGCUAAACCAUCCAGACGAUCAGCCUCGGGGAGUAGCAGCAGCAGCAUUGGCAGCAGCAGCGCUCCGAUAGGGGCAGGCGCUCCAUCGCGACAGGCACCACCGCAGCCAUCCAAGGAACAGGACGUCUUUGGUGGGCCGUCCAUUGCAGCCGACAGCAGCGGCGUCGUCAGACGGACACCGUCGUCUUCGAACAGCAGCUCUGCUCGCCGGACACCGAGCGACCAAGAGACUCGCUCACCAGGCACGCUCAAGCCGCUGCCUGGCCUUCCGGGCUCGUCGAUGCCAAACAACGCCGAGCAGAGCAGCCUGCCCCUCAACGGCGUGGGAAGCAGCAGUAGCCCCCCGGCCGAGGCCAGCGGCGACGACGCCGGCCUGGACCUGCCUUCGCAGCACAUUCCACGGCCUGUGGCUGGGUCCAAAGACUCGGCCUAUUCAUCCUCGUCGUCGUCGUCGGCGGCAAGGAGAAGUGGCCAGCAGCGACCUGCGUCGAUGAUCGUCGCGUCGCCCACCAGCAACACAGGCACAGGCACAGGCACAGGCACAGCCAAGCCCCAGCCGGCGCCGCUCUCCAUCUCCGACUCGCAUCGAAGCAACCUCGACAGCGCCGUCUCUCCUCCCGACCCCAACCCUGCCCGCUCCCUGGCCGACAGCAAUCGAUCGAGCAUCGAUGACAUUCGGAGACUACAUGCGCAGCGGGCCGCACGCAACCUCGAAAAGGCCACCUCGGCCACGCCAGCGGCAACGAUGGGCGCGCAGGAUCUGGCGCCCAUCCCGAGACGCACGCCCGGGUCUGAGCCGCACGCGAGGCCGACGAGCCUCUUUGAGACGCGGGCGAUGCGAGAUGCCGUCGCUGCUGCCGCCGGCGUUGGCCCUGGCUCGCACGAGUCGGCCACCUCACGGCCCCGGAGCAGCGAAGGCACAAAGGCGCCCUCCAGCGGCCGCACCUCGCGCGCCGAGACGCCCACGAAUGCAGCGAUGGGUGCUGCCCAGUCGCCGUUGCCGCCCCCACCACCAACUCAUGCUGAGGGUGAGUCUCGAGACCGUGAGCGCGACCGUGAUCGUGACCGUGACCGCGACCGGGAUCGGGAACGGCGGACGAGGAGGACGCUGGGCGACUAUGCACUCGGAAAGACGCUUGGCGCUGGCAGCAUGGGCAAAGUCAAGCUGGGCGUCAAGAUGGGCAAUGGCGAAAAGGUGGCCAUCAAGAUCAUCCCCCGGCAUACCUCUGUCGCCGCGGCCCACCACCCCAAGCAGAAUGGGGCCGAGGGCGACAAGCGGCCGCCGCCUCCGACGGCGAGCUUCUUGGCAAAGGCGGCUGCCAAGGACCACUCCAAGGAGGUGCGCACCAUCCGCGAGGGAAGCCUCCAGCUGCUCCUCCACCACCCCUACGUCUGCGGCAUGCGCGAGAUGAUCAUCCACCCCAACCACUACUACAUGGUCUUUGAGUACGUCAACGGAGGCCAGAUGCUCGACUACAUCAUUUCCCACGGUCGUCUCAAGGAGAGGCCUGCACGCAAGUUUGCCAGGCAGAUCGGCAGCGCGCUCGAGUAUUGUCAUAGAAACAGCAUCGUCCACCGAGACUUGAAGAUCGAAAACAUCCUCAUCUCCAAGACAGGCAACAUCAAGAUCAUCGACUUUGGCCUCUCGAACCUCUUUUCGCCCCACUCGCACCUCUCGACCUUCUGCGGCUCCCUCUACUUUGCCGCGCCCGAGCUCCUCAACGCCAAGGUGUACACGGGGCCCGAGGUCGACGUCUGGAGCUUCGGCAUCGUCCUCUAUGUCCUCGUCUGCGGCAAGGUCCCCUUUGACGACCAGAGCAUGCCGGCUCUUCACGCAAAGAUCAAAAAGGGCCAGGUCGAAUACCCGGCCUGGCUCAGUGGUGAAUGCAAGCACAUACUCUCGCGCAUGCUCGUCACCAAUCCCUCGCAGAGGGCCACCCUGCCCGAGAUUCUGUCUCAUCCCUGGAUGGUCAAGGGCUACGAUGGCCCGCCAAAUGCACACCUGACACCACGGCAGCCCCUGCGGGCGGGCAACCUCGAUCCGGAGGUCAUCAAGGGCAUGACGGGCUUUGAGUUUGGAGCCCCAGAGGACAUCGAGGCCCGUCUCGUCGAGGUGCUCACCAGCGAGGGCUAUCAGAACGUGCUCGGCGCCUGGGAGAGCAAGAAUGGAGGCACGCCGGGCAGCAGCACCAAUGGCGCCACGACGCCCUCGUCGGCGUCGCCAGCCGACAUGGGUGCUCUCGGCAGGGCGGGCACGAGAGGCAGCGUCGAGUCCAAGACCAAGUCGUCGAGCAGCAAGCGCUUCUCGGGCAUUGACUUCUACCGCAAAAAGAUCAGUGCGACCUCUCUAUUUGGAGGCCAAGGCUCGAGCAACGGGAGCAAGGACGACCCCGCCAAUGGCCUCUCGCAUGGCGUCUUGAACGGCGCCACGAACCCCAAUGCGACCUGGCCUGGUGCAGGCAAAGAGCCGCUGGAUCCCACCAGGGGAUACCACCCGCUCCUCUCCAUCUACUACCUCGUCCAGGAGAAGAUGCAACGAGAGCAGCUGUACGGGCACUCGUUCUUUGCCAGCUCCAACAUCUCCCUCACCGGACCCACGCCUCCGCCGACGAGUGCUCGCGUGGGAGGAGCGAGCUCGCGGCCCGACGGCGCUGGUGGGUCGUCGUCGAUGCCCACGGCUGCAGACAUUCCGCAGGAGAACAUUCCGCAAGAGGCCCUCCGCGUCCCUGAGAUCUCCCACGUUGCCUCGGCGGCCCGCCGUGAGAACCCGGUGCCAGCGCUGCCGGCCAACCCGCCCACGAGCGCGCGAUCCACGACAUCGUCCAUCCCUGCCUCGCCCACGCCCGUCUUUGAGUCGCGGGAAAAGAGCCAGCCCAUGGCCAUCAUGACGGGCCCGCCCAGGGCUCGUGCGCAGGGCAACGAGGUCGAGGCCGCCCUCCGCGAGUCGACCACGCCUGCGAGUGCCACGCGCACAUGGCGACCCAGCUCAACGAUGCGGUCAAGCCAGGCGCAGCAGGCACAGCAGGCACAACAGGCGCAGCAGCAGCAGCAGCAGCAAGGAGGACAGGUGCCUCUCACCAAUGUCAACAACCACAAGCGCAGCAUGAGUCUCACCAACAGGAGGACGUCGACGGCGACGGGCCAGGAUCGAGGCGAGCCACUGUCAGCGCCGGCUGGCGAGUCUGUGAGCGGAACGGGAACGAUCACGGCCAGGACGGCGCGUCGGGAACCAACGUCUUCGCCAGACAAGCGCAGGAGCUUCCACGGCAUGCUCUCCUCUUCGCAGCCAAACAACAACGACGGUGGCGGCGGCGGCGAAGAUGGGACGGGGGCCGGAUCGAUGCUUGCCCGUCGCUUUGGCUCCUUCAUUGGCCGCUCGCCUUCGACGCCCCUAGAGUUGGACAGCCGCGAGAAGCGAAGACAAGCUCGGAUGAGCACCGGCGGCAUCAGCCCGGCAGCAGCCGUGUCACGGCGAGGGAGCAUGCAGGUCGGCGCUGGCCUCGCUGGCGUCGAAGAGAGGCAGAUCGACGAGGAGGGUGCGGCCUCGUCUUCGAGCCCGCCUGUGCCCACCAAGACGUGGUCGCCCGACGUUCGUCGCGCAGGCUCCGUACUCGAGCCUGGGUCCAGGAGUGCACGAACGCCGCCCGCUGCGUCGAUGAGUCGCGCGACUGGCAAAGACCAUUCUCUGAGCCUCUCGACGGCUGACGGGGCUACCUCGCCCACUUCGAGGUCGUCCCGGCGACCCAGCACGGGUCUCGGUCUCGAGUCGCCACCGACCAGCCAAGCUCACACGCCCGUCGACGAAGGCAAUGUCGAGAGCAGGGGGCUGGGAGCGGGAUGGCAUGGCCCCAUGUCACCAUCGCAGGUCGGAGCGUUGCCCCCCGACUUUUCACGAAGGACGACCGCUCAGCGUUCGGCGACCUUGGGUGCUGGCGGCCGAGUCGUCCACGACGGUCCCAAUGCAAAUGCCACGGAUGCCGCAGCGGGUGCGGCCCACGAGUCGGGCCAGGAUGCCGUCUCAUCCAAGCCAGUCUUUCUCAAAGGUCUGUUCAGUGUCCAGACGACAACCACAAAGCCCCGCACGGUGCUCCACCAGGACCUCGUCAGGGUACUGGACCGCAUCGGUCUCCAGUAUCGCGAGAUCCGGGGUGGCUACGAGUGCGUGCACCUGCCCAGCCUCGACUUUAGCGGCGGCGGCGAGGCCUUGGGCAACGCUUCUCUCUCGGGAGGGCAGGGCAACGCUCGCAUCGCGCCGCAGGAAGUGUCGUCGAGCCCUUCCAAUGACAACUAUGGCCCAGGAGCCGGAAUCAGCUCGGCAGACUACGAUGGUGCCUCACAGCAGCAGCAGCAGCAGAAAGCACGCCGCAAACCCAGCCGAAUGUCAUUUGUCUCGGGCAAGCGGAGAAGCCGCCAGGGGCUGGCUGACGGAGGUUCCCAGGGCGGAGACAGCGCCAGCAUCACCUCUUCCCUCAACAACGCAGAGGGAGGCGCCGCACCUACGCGGAGCCGGGCCAGCUCCAUCACUGCUCGCACAGACGAAGAGGUUGUUACCAAUGGCACAUCGAGCCCAGUGGCCGAAAGGAGCCGAUCGCGCUUCUCAGCCAGACAGAGGACAGACUCUCUGGGUGCACCCUCGUUCAUGCAGAGUCCUUCGAACAACAACAACAAUCAAAAUGCCGCCGCCGCCGCCACUUUAUCACCGGCCCCUGCAAUUGCCACACCACCGCCUGUGCCUGCGAAGCCCGUGUCGGCGACGCAGGCCGUCGAGCUGGCUGUUCGCUUUGAGAUCUACGUCGUAAAGGUUCCUCUCUUGCUAGGCGUCAACGGGCUGCAGUUCCGGCGCAUUGGCGGCAAUCCCUGGCAGUACCAGCAGCUGGCCAGGAGGGUCUUGCAAGAGCUCAAGCUCGGAAUCCAGCCUUGA